GGACGUGUUUCUAGGGGGAUCAUUACAGAAGAGGGACAUAAAACUAUCCAAAGAAAUCCAAACACCAAACUACUAAUGUCGUACUUUGCUAUGAAUGACACAUGGAGGCUUCACGUUUCUCACAUGUUAUGAGAAAAUCCUGACACCGGAAAACGUGGUUUGCGCUAACGGGGUUUUUAAAGCGUGCUAAAGUCGCAAUGACAUUGACAGCUGCAGCGGGUAGAUGUACGGUCCUGGGCAUGUCACCGUCAAAGUAAUGCUAACUUAACCUUCAUGUAUUAUUUUUAUCCUUCUACCUACCUAAUGCUACUUGAAAAUACUGACAAUGGCUUUGCUUCUUGGCAAUUUUUUAAAGAAGAAUCGCAUAAUUUUGCCUACCUUCCUGAAGCAAAACUUUCAACUCUCCAAACCGCAUCAUGUACCGAACCAACAACACAGUUUUGUCGGCUGUCAUAGACUAACAAAUGCAACUGAACCUUUACUACUUUGGAGAAAUGGCAGCAGAUGUAUUUGUUUCAAUACUGUUCCACCCCGGGACACGACUGGGGCACAUACCCGGUGUGGACGCUUCCAUACCUCGGCUCCACGUCGAGCUCUUCCUGCCCCUCUGGUGUGGAUGGUGCUCAAGCCCCUGCAAAAGCUUAUGGCCAUCAUAGUGGGCAGGAGCAUAAGGAAAUGGUGGGUGGCACUACCAGACAACCGCAGACAUCUGCUGCGUGAGUGGAUGUGGCAGCGGCGGUGGAGACUGGCAGCUGGGGCUGGUCUCACUCUGGUGAUUAUAGCCAUACUGCUCCUGACGCACCUGGACGAGUCACCGCUGACAGGACGGACACGCCUCCUGGUGUUCAGCAAAGAGAACUACAUGGAGCUGGCAGCCCUUGUGUCAGAGGGGUACAUAGAGGAGUUUGCAAAGCUGAUGCUGCCGGAGUGUGACCCACGGCACCAGGUGGUGGAGCGGGUCAUUCAGCACCUUGUUCAAAAGAACAAGGACAUCCCUGAGGUCUCUGAGAUCGACUGGACUGUUCAUGUGGUGCAGGACCCCAAAGUUAAUGCUUUUGUCCUCUCUAACGGGAAGGUGUUUGUCUUCACAGGGAUGUUGGAUGCUGUCGCAGAUGUUCAUCAGCUCACCAUUGUUCUGGGACACGAGAUGGCCCAUGCUUUACUGGCACACUCAGCAGAACAAGCUAGUCUGUCACAUGUGGUGGACCUCUUGUCUCUGAUUCUGCUGACAGCCAUAUGGGCCAUUUGUCCCAGAGAUAGCCUCGCGCUGCUGGGGCACUGGGCACAGGGGAAGCUCACACAGUUGAUGUUCAGUCGUCCUUACAGUAGGAAACUAGAAGCAGAAGCUGAUGAAGUGGGGCUUCAGUUGGCUGCUAAGGCGUGUGCAGAUGUGCGGGCCGGUCCAGUGUUUUGGCAGCAGAUGGAGAUGAGGGAUCGGCUGAUGGGGGAGCCUGAGCUGCCCCAGUGGCUUUCCUCACACCCUUCUCACAAGAACAGAUACACUCACAUGGACCGUCUUGUACCCCAGGCUCUUGAGUUGAGGGCAAGCUGUGUGUGUCCUCCUCUACCUGAAGCAGACCCUCGGGCAGUAUUCGCCGUAAAUGUUCGUGUUUUGCUGGAAAAUGCCAAAAAACAGACCAAAGUCCAGUCUGAGGGGGAGCCAAUGCCCAGGCCCUGCACAGGUCCAGUCCCCUCUCUCCCCACUGCAGCCAUUACGGCCCUGACACCACAACCAAUGGCUCUGACUUCUGGUCAGGAAAACAGCGUGCCAAUUUUAGACAAUGCAAGAACAUCUUUAGUGGUCAAUCCUGAUGAGACGGACAGCGCUGAUCAAAAAGUGCAGUGCCCCAGAUGAGAGGUAGUGCAGCUAUCACUAUCUGAAUGUGUGAUUUAUUGUAAGUCUACUGAAACAAAAAGACCAGUGCUGCUUAAAUAGUAUGAACUUUUGUGUUUAUAGCAUUACUUUGGGAUUUUUAGUCACCAUUUCAGCUUUUUAUUUUGUGAGUAAAGCUUUGUGGGGAUAUGGAGCAUAAUUCAAUUCAAAAUUACUUACAUCAAAUGCACUUCUUCUGCCUGUGGCUUGGUGUAACUCAGUCGGACACGGCAACAACAGCUUGCGUCAUGGAUUUGAGUCAAAACUUGAAAAAACAACCUUCCCUUACAAUGCUAUUCUGCUCUAACAAAUAAAGCAAUAAAUAUUUAAAUAUA